CGGCGAACUCAAUUAGGACUAGUAAUGGAUUUUAUCAGAAUCGAUUUUAACCAGGAAGUAACUAACAUUGGCUAACAAUAAAUACAAGGUAGUCGAUUCAGAUCAGUGCACUCUUCCGUAUACGAACUUAAAUCAUUGACAUGCAAUUCAACUCUGCUUUCGCUUUAGUCAAACGCUACAUUCUUUGAAUAAUGAACAAAGUGUCUACUAUGUUACGGAUUUAUUCAGUUCAGAAAAGUUGACAUAUUUUUUUCAAUGUUUGACAUACAUUGGACAGUUGUAAAGUUACUAUUUCAGUGGACUAAUAGUAUGGUAGUACCAAUUAAUGCUCUCUUCGCCGUUUCUCUUUCUGUUAAUGUGUGUACUAUAUUAUACUGUGCUUGUGAACGUUUACAAAAAUGCUUAAAGGACAAAUGUUGCUGUGGACCGAACCACUGCAUCGUUCAUAUAUGCCAAGUAUACCAGGAUAAAACACAAGACCUUUCUAAAGCAUUUACAGAACAAGUGACAGUAUUAAUAUCAUCUACCCUAGCAAUCAUUUGUAUAUGUUCUACAAACAUUAUACGAGUUCCUUUCAGUGGAAAUAUAGACACGUCAGAGUCGAUGUUCAUUCAAAUAGUUUUGGCAAUAAAUAUAGGACGUUACGUAUAUUUGAUUUUACAAGAUGCAUAUCUAUUUCCGCAUAUUGAUAAAGCACGUUUCCGAACGGACACUGUUCACCACGUGGUCACUAUCGUCUGUUACAGUGUAAUAUUGGUGUAUAGACAAAACAUGCUUUUAGGGAUCCUUGGAAUAUUAACUGAAUUAAAUACAUUUCUUGUAGAAGUUACAAAAAUUAUGAAAACAUUAGGACGUCAUAAGACUAGUAUUUACAAAAAAAUGUCAGUCGCCAGUUGUGCCACAACCAUUGUCUUUCGCGGAGUAAUUCCAGUAAUAUUUUUAAUAAUGGGUAUGUUUCACGAAACACCAUUUGUUAUGCAUUAUACAGCUUUGACAGUAUUUUUCCUUAGUAUUAUUUUCUUUUCUGUAAUAAAUGUGUGGUUAAUUCUUUCAACCGUCCAGCGAGUCAUUAAAAUAUAUAGCUAUAGUGAAACUUUAGAAUCAGGAUAUGCACCGGAACACAUCCAGUUAGAUAGUUUCCGCAAAAAUAAUCUAGGAUACGAAAGACCAUUAGGAAAUAUCAACAUCAAUUAUGAUACCGAGAAAUUGAAUAUCAAUAAAAGUAUUGACCAAAAUUUAAUCUCAAAAAUUAAAAACGUGUACUUAACACAACGAACUGAUCAAAGAGAUAUUGAGACCAACAACGUCAUUGAAAUUGAUAGUACUCAAUCAAUUGAUACUUCUAGUCCUGAGAAUAGUCAGUCUAGUGCACAUAGAGACAGAUCAAUACCAAGGAACUCGUGCUUAAACUUACUUCCGGCAACAGAACCGCAGAUCGAUUUGUCUGUACGUUUUGCACCUAAUGUGCUGCCUGAAGGCAACUUUAACGAUUUAUCUAGGUCAAAUAAUGAAAAUGAACAAUUCGAUUUACCUAUAUAAAAUAAUCUAAAUAG